AUGGAUUACGAAAGAAAUAUUGAUAUACCAUACCGAGAAUACAGACUCAGUGAUUGCAAAUGUCAAAUGUGUGACAAACAAUUCAGUUAUUUUGGAUAUCUUAUAAAUCAUAUAAAUAUAGUGCAUUCGGUAAAUACUUUUGCGUGUGACAAUUGUGGAUCUUCUUUUAAUAAAAAAAGAGAUUUAGCGUUGCAUAUACGACAAUAUCAUCGUGAAGGUGGCUAUCCAUGCGAGGAGUGUUCAGAGGUUUUCGAUACAAACGUACUGCGUAAAAAACAUUCGAAUACAGUUCACUAUAGGAAAUGUAAGAUAUGUGAAGUUAGGUUUCCAUCAUACGUGUUAUUACAGAAACAUAUAAAACUUGAUCAUCCGAACGACGAAACUCAAAAACUGUGUGUAUACUGUUCGAAAGAGUGCCAAUCAUCUCAAGGUAUGAAACAGCAUAUGAAGAAAUGUAAGUUGAAAAAGGAAUUGAUUACAGCUUCGAUAUUCCCCUACGAAAAUCCAUUACAGCCGAAUAAAAAACAAAAUGUAAUGCAAAUAAGAAAAAAUAUACAAUGCGUUCUUAAUAUGUCAACGGCGAUUCCUUUUAAGUUUUUUGCAAAAUUCUCUUGCUUUUUUUGUUCCAAAUAUUUUGUCGAAUUUGAUGAACUUAAGGUUCACGUUCUAGCCGAUCACCCAAUUUGUGAUUUAAAAGAGAAAUGCAUUAAAAAUUGUAAAGGUGAAAGAAUCACAGUCAAAAUUGAUAUAUCGACUUUAUCGUGUAAGAUUUGUUACCAAUCAAUAUCAGAUUUAGACGACCUCAUACAACAUUUAACGUCCAAACACUUAGCACUGUACGAUAAAACAAUAAAAUGCUUUGAACCGUUUCGUAUUAUAAAAGAUAACAUUCCAUGCCCAAUCUGUCCGAACGUUUUUCGUUAUUUCGGCAUUCUUUUGAGACAUAUAAACUCGGAGCACAGUAAUAAUAACAGAAUAUGUGAUUUUUGCGGUCGCAGUUUCAAAAACGUAUCAAAUCUCAAAGUUCAUAUUACUUAUGCACAUACCGGUGACUGUGAAUGCGAUGUUUGUGGAAUGAAGUUUAAAAAUCAAUGGUGUUUAGGACGGCAUAAAGCUAAAUCACACGACGCGAAAGAUUACAAAUGUCCCAAAUGUCCAGAAAGAUUUCAAUCUCAGUAUCACAAACAAAAACAUCUAAUUAAAGUACACGAUAUAGGCCACAAGUGUACGUAUUGCGACAGAAUGUUUACUAGGAAUUCCUUUAUGAAGGAUCAUGUAAGGCGGACUCAUUUGAAAGAGAAAAACGUCCAAUGUUCUGUGUGUAAUGAGAAAUUCUUUGACAACUACCUUCUAAGAAUGCAUAUGGUCAAACAUAAAGGGGAACGAAAAUUUAGUUGCGAGGUUUGCGGCAAGACUUUCUUGAGGAGAAGUAAUUUGAGCUCCCAUAAGGAGAUGCACAAGAAAUACGGACAUGUAUAG